CCGGCGUGCCCCGCGGCGGUGAGGCCGGGCGCCCGGCCCGGUGUGGCGGCCCUGAUGGCGGCGGGGCCGCCCGUGGCCUACGUGUACAGCCCGGAGUACGCGGCCCUGUGCGAUUCCCUGUGCAAAGUGCCCAAACGGGCCAGCAUGGUGCACUCGUUGAUCGAGGCGUAUUCCUUGCUCGACCACAUGAUGAUAAUCAAGCCCAAAGUGGCUUCCAUGGAGGAGAUGGCAAGCUUCCACACAGAUGCUUACCUGCAGCACCUGCAGAAGGUCAGUGAGGAGGGGGAUGAUGACCACCCAGAGUCUGUGGAGUAUGGACUGGGUUACGACUGUCCGGCUACUGAAGGGAUCUUUGACUACGCAGCAGCCGUGGGGGGAGCCACCAUCACUGCAGCCCAGUGCCUGCUGGAUGGCAAGUGCAAGGUAGCAAUUAACUGGCCUGGAGGGUGGCAUCACGCAAAGAAGGAUGAAGCUUCUGGCUUUUGUUACCUGAACGAUGCUGUCCUGGGCAUCCUGCGGCUGCGCCAGAAAUUUGACCGCAUCCUUUACAUCGAUUUGGAUUUGCAUCACGGGGAUGGUGUUGAAGAUGCCUUUAGCUUCACCUCGAAGGUCAUGACUGUUUCCCUGCACAAGUUUUCGCCAGGAUUUUUCCCAGGCACAGGAGAUGUGACAGAUGUUGGCCUGGGGAAAGGUCGCUAUUACAGCGUGAAUGUGCCUAUCCAGGAUGGCAUUCAGGAUGAGAAAUAUUACCAGAUCUGUGAGACCGUGCUGAAGGAGGUGUAUGCUGCCUUCAGCCCUGAGGCAGUGGUGCUACAACUGGGGGCUGACACCAUUGCUGGAGACCCCAUGUGCUCCUUCAACAUGACGCCUGAGGGAGUGGGCAAGUGCCUGAAGUACGUCCUGCAGUGGCAGCUGGCAACUCUCAUCCUGGGAGGAGGAGGCUACAACCUUGCCAACACAGCCCGCUGCUGGACGUACUUGACUGGGGUUAUCCUUGGCAGAUCUCUGUCCUCUGAGAUCCCUGAUCAUGAGUUCUUCACAGAGUAUGGUCCUGACUACGUGCUGGAGAUCACACCCAGCUGCAGGCCGGACCGCAACGAGCCACAGAGAGUUCAAGAAAUUCUUAACUUGAUCAAAGGCAAUCUGAAGCACGUGGUUUAGUGGAGAAAGGAAGGCUCAGGUUCCUGUAACAGCAUUGCUCUGUUGGAGAGAUGUUUCCAGAGCAGCUGAUGACAUUUGUGGCUGCAGGAGGAAUGUGAAGAGGUUACUGUUGGUUCGUUGGUGAAUCCGUUUCUCUUUAAAAAAGCAAAGCCUGCUGUGUGCCAUGGAUCUCCAUGGGUGGGAGAGCGUGCCCUCCAGCCACAGGUUUCCCAGGCCAGCAGAGCCUCUCUUGCUCAUCUCUCUUCCCUUUUUUAACAUGGUUAAAGAUUAUUCUCACAACUGGUUUUAAAUGUUUUUUAAGAGACAGGCCACUGCAAGCUGUGUUUUAAACUGAUGGGCAUUUUUUUUUCCACAUAAAAUAUUUGAAAUACUCCAGCCCUUUUCCUUUCGCCCUGUAUCUGCCCUGCCUUGCCUGCACUCAGCGUUGGUAACCAUCCCUUCAGGGGAAGAACCCCCAGUGCCAAAUUGUGGGGCUCAGUGGGGUUUAGGUAAGGAGCAGGAGUGUGGUUGCCAGCCAGCUGGGUUGUCCCUCCCUGGGUGUCCCCAUACGUGGGCUCUCCCUCCAGCCGCCUUACCAACAUCCCCCACUGCAGCACUGGCACCAGCUGACCCCUUCUUGCCCCCUACCCUAUGCAGGGAGGAGAUGGGAGGUGUACCGAGUGUGGUUAGUGGGGGGAACGUGGGCUGGCCCCAUUUUGGAUAGGGUGCAUGUGGAGAGAUCCUGGCUUGGGGCACAAGGAGGAGAUGGGGACAUCCCAGCUUUAAUGAAGGGAAA